UUAGCGAUCGAGCAACAAGCCAAUUCGUCACACUCACAGUGAUCAAAGAUUUUGAGAUUGCCUAGUAGCUGCACCGACGUACGUGCGACGAUGGACGCGCCGGCCAUGCUCACGCGCAACCACGUCCCCGAGAACAUCGCCGCAGAGGAGGGCGGGCAGCAACAGAUGCACCGGGACGAGAAGCAGCACAAGCCGGUGCUCAAGAAGGUCAAGGACAAGGUGAAGAAGAUCAAGAACACCAUCGUCGGCCAUGGCCACGGCAACGGCAACGGCCACGGCCACGAUCACGAUCACGAGCAGGACACCGGUGGUAGCAACAGCACCGACGAGGACGAGGAGGAUGUGGCGAUGAGGGAAGCAGAGGUGGAGAAGGGCGGGUACCAGCAAGACGUCGAGGACAAGCCCAUCUUCACGGACUCCAGCCCCGAGCUGCACGGCGCACCCAUGUACGACUCGGAGAGGAUCCCAGCGGCGGCGAAAGAGGUGAAGCACAACGACGCUCCGGGGGUGCGGCUGGGUGACAUUGGCGGCCUGGCAGCGGCGCAUGGGGUGAAACGCGACGACGCCGCGGGGGAGCGGCUCGGCGACUUCGGCGGCCCAGCGUCGGCGAAGGAGGUGAAGCGCGACGACACCCAGGGGGUGCGGCCCGGCGACUUCGGCGGCCCGGCAGCGGCGCAUGAGGUGAAACGCGACGACGUCGCGGGGGAGCGGCUCGGCCACUUGGGCGGCCCGGCGUCGGCGAAGGAGGUGAAGCGCGACGACACCCAGGGGGUGCGGCUCGGCGAUCUCGGCGGCUCCGUCGUCGAGGACCCGGCCGCGCCGAACUCGAGGACGCCCAUGCCGCGAGGUGGCGAGGACAUCGGCACCACGGGCGUCGUCCGUGACUUCGAGGCGAUGACCGUGUCAGACGACCCCAAGAAAGUCGACGUGAGCAAAGAGUAUGAGGCAAUGCCGGUGUCGGACGGCACCGGCGAGGAAUGGAACGACGCACCCACGGACGCCGAGUACACCGGGAGCUACACGGACAGGCUCAAGAACACGGCGGCUGGCACGACAGAGUACGGCAGAAAGCUGGCGAGCACGGUGUAUGAGAAGGUCGCCGGCGUCGGCACGGUCGUGGCGAGCAAGGCGCAGCAGGUCACCCCCGGCUUCGGCGCUGGCGGGAACGCGCAGGACGACUCCAGCGCAACUGCCGCCCCUGGAUCGAUGACCGCAGGUGCCGGGAAGAGGGACGUAGACUUGCCGAAAGAGGGAACGCCGGCGUCGUUCACCGGCUCGGAGGGACUGAAGAACGCGGCCACGGACGCGACGGGCACGGAGAGGCUGAAGGACGCGGCCACGGACGCGACAGGCACGGCGGGGCUGAAGAACGCGGCCACGGACGCGACGGGCACGGAGAGGCUGAAGGACGCGGCCACGGACGCGACAGGCACGGCGGGGCUGAAGAACGCGGCCACGGACGCGACGACGGAGGCCGCGCCUGGCGCGACGUACACCGACAAGAUCAUGUCCGCGGCGGCGGGCACCACGGAGUACGGCAAGAAACUGGCGAGCACGGUGUACGAGAAGGUCGCCGGCGUGGGAACGGCCGUGGCGAGCAAGGCGCAGCAGGUGACACAAUCCACCCCUGGCGUCGGCGCGCAGGACGGCGCCACCACCACUGCGACGGCCACCCCAGGCAUCGGUGCGCAGGACGGCGCCACCACCAGGGCGACGGCCACCCCUGGCGCGGGUGGGCCGGGGAACGGGCAGGACAAGGGGGUGACCGGCGUGACAGCCUACAUCGCCGAGAAGCUGCGCCCGGGCGACGAGGAGCGCUCCCUGAGCGAGGCCAUCACCGGCGCCGUGCAGCAGCGCAAGGAGGGGGUCGGGAGCACGGUGGCCAAGGCGCGCGAGGUCCCGGCACAGGCGGUGACCAGGGCGCGCGGCGCCGUCACGUCGCUCACCGGCGGGAACCGCGUCUCGGAGACCGUGCAGCCCACCACAGAGGGGAACAUCGGGGAGGGCGUCGCGGCGGAGGGGCCGGUGCUUCACGGCGAGGCUCCGAGGACCAACACGAAUGUGAUGUGAAGUGCCGCAGCGUGUGAUCAGUGCGCCGGGGUCGUGGGAUCGCUGGAAUAAGUCGCCUGGCUGGUUCAGGUGUACACAACUGGAGUUUGGAUCUGGGGCUUAGCUGGUUUAUCGUUCGUGUAUGUAUUUUGGGCUUCUGUUCCAGAAGUGUUCGUGUAAGUUUCACACGUUCUGUGUGUCUGUAAAUCAUGUACGAUACGCGUGUGUAUGUACAUGUUUCUGUCUUUGUCUUUUAAGUUCUUCUGAACUUCCUUCCUGUGUAAUCUGUGUGUUCAAAGUUCAAACACGAUGUUUCUUCGUCUGUUU